ACAGUUCAGCUGCCUGCAAAACAGGAAAUACUAGGUUUACUGUUGUGGGUGUUUAAAUGCUAUUUACAAGUAAACUUAGUCACUUUGAAAAAUACAGCAUGUGUUUUCGGUUUAGCACAAGGGCAUUUUGAUUGCUUGUUAUUUUACUGGGUUCCCACAAUCAUGUAAAACUUAAUUAGGGAACUUUUUUUUUUUGGAAAUUUUCACUCAGCUGUAAAAUCAAUGGGAAUUUAAAAGCACAACUAUAAUGAUUAACUAUAUUAGCGUUCACACCAGCUGACAAUAUGGUUCCGUUUAUUCUUGCGCGCGCUGCAAUUUUGUGUCUGCCUUUUUAAAUGCUCGCGCUCUUUAAAACAGGAUGGAUUCUGAUUGGCUGUCAAUGUUUUUAUCGUUCAUCAGCUGGAAAAAUAUCGCUCUGAAAGUGAUUCCAACAAUAUCUUUUCUCUGUGUCGCUAUUAUUUAUAUCGCUAUAGUUAUCGUUGUUGUGUACAGGCCUUGUAUUUAAUUUUAUUUACCAGUUCAUAUUAGAUCUCGGUCAGUCCAGAGCGUUUAUAGUUUCUAAUAUCAUAGGUUUGAGAAUGUAAACAAUGGUUACAUGCAUCACAAAAGAACUGAAACCUGAUUAGCAGAUGGAAUUCAGUGCUCUAGUUUCUAUCAGGCAUGAGGAACCUGUACUGUGCAGAAUGGACGAGGAAGUAAAUAUUACCAGUAAAUGCCCUGUCUGUGGCAUUCGGCUGUUGACCUUGAAAUGCUUCGCGUGAUCUUUCUCAUUUGCAAGUUUUCAGUUUUUUGGAGUUUUUCAAGAGCUCAAGGAACCAAGCAUUUAAUGCGUCAGCUGACAUACUGUCAUAUAGAGAUGAUGGACGCUGGUUUUGAGCUGGAGUUUGACGGCGAGGAGCUCUGGCACGUCGAUCCCGCGAACUACAUCGCAAGACGGCGUUUGCCGGAGUUCGCCGCAGACUGGAGCCUCGACCGCAAUCUGCCUUCUCAAGCGCACUACUCCAUCGGGACCUGCUUCUAUAAUAUUCCGUACGGUGUUAAAGGAGAAAAUAAUCCACCUGAAUCCAUCGUUCCUCCGACCACACUGCUGUACACUAAGAGUGACGUGAAGCUCGGUGUUGAAAACACCCUCAUCUGUUUGGUGACCCACUUUCACCCGCCGCCUGUGAAUAUCUCCUGGACCAGGAACGGAGAGCCGGUGAGUGAGCUGGACGUCAGUGAGACGCAGUAUUACUCCAACCCGGACUUCAGCUUUCGCAUUUUCUCCUACCUGAACUUCAGUCCUGAGCGGGGAGACAUUUACGCCUGCACCGUACGACACCGGGGACUGCAGGAGGAAAUCACCAGGUUCUGGGAGAUGGAGGUGCCGGAAGACUCUCAGAAGGUCGAGACAGCAGUGCUUAUAAUCGGAAUUCUUGUAGGAUUUCUGGGAUUUGUGGUGGGAAUCAUUCUGAUCGUAAAGAGCAAGAUGGAGCUGCCGGCUGUGUGAUUCUUCACAACAUUCAGACUUCUGCUGCUCUUCCACAAACAUCAUCCUCAAACUGUCAAUCAUUUGUUUAUUCUGAUUUUUAAUAUAAAUAAAUGUAACUAUUUAUUGAAUAUUUUAGUCUUUUAUCAUACAGUAUUUGUUUGUAUAGCUUUUUCAGGUGUUACCGUAUUGACCACCUUGCAAAAGGAUGUCAGAACGGAAAGUGAUUUAUUGAGAAUAACCUACAUUUUCUUUAAACAUUUACAUCGUUACUUCAGCAUCAUGACAACAUCCACUUUAACCUAAAUAAAUGUAAUAAUUUUAAAUUCA